AUGCAGUGGCUGAAGUAUCUAUCCCUACUACUGCCGGUGGCAGUGGCCAACCCACUCAGUAUUCGAUCGACCGCCUGCAACAACUCUCCAGACCUCUGCGACAAGUCCUACGGCGCCAUCACACAUCUCGGCGCUCAUAACAGCCCUUUUGUGCGGACGUCAGACGGUGUUUUGGCCGGCAAUCAAUACUACGAUACUCCGACUCAACUCAGCGCGGGUGUCCGACUAGUAACGGCACAGGUUCACAAAGACAACAAUCAGUGGCGAUUAUGUCAUUCCUACUGUACACUGUUGGACGCCGGUCUGCUCAGCGACUGGCUAGCUUCGAUCAAGUCCUGGCUGGAUGACCACCCCAACGAAGUCGUCACCAUUCUUCUUGUCAAUUCAGACGGUGCCUCCGCCGCCGAGCUCGGUACAGAAUUCACGACAGCCAACAUCACCGACUACGCCUACCAGCCCGAGUCGCUCACCUCGGCUCCUUCCUCAUGGCCUACCCUCCAAACGAUGAUCAAUUCGGGCAAGCGGCUGGUUGUCUUUGCGACACCGCUUACAACAAGCACGUCGUAUCCCUAUCUCCUGUCGGAAUUUGAUUUUAUCUGGGAAAACAACUACGACGUAUCUUCACCUGCCAACUUCUCAUGUGAGCCGAACCGGCCCUCCUCGCUGGCCGGCGACACACCCAGCGCUCUGUCGACCAAUCGCCUCCCCUUCAUGAACCACUUCCUUUAUUCAACAGAUCUGGCUGUGCUUCAAAUCGAAUAUCCCAACGCAAGCUAUGUCUCCACCACCAACGCACCAUCCGGUGGGAACGGCAAUCUCGGCAGUGCUGCGACAACCUGCAAAGCCGCAUACUCUGGUCGGCAACCGACCUUCAUUCUCGUUGAUUUCUUCAACAAGGGGCCGGCCUUGGAUACGGUGGAUAAACUCAACAACGUGACCAAUGCGGUCGGCCGUACGUCAGUCUCCUCGUCUUCAUCGUCCACCUCGACAAGCGACGCCACCACGAUCAACAAUGUGUUCAAGGGUUUGGUGGAGCUGGCGAGCUCUGCCAAGUCUGGCGCUAGCACGAGCAUGGGAGAUUGGAUUUGGGCCGGCGGCAACUGGAAUACUUUACUGGGGGGCGGCAUCUCCUUCUAG